AAGUCUGAAAACCUCUGCUUCUAGAGAUCCUUUUUUAAUCUCAGCAACAUCAAGCCUUAGGAUAACCUCAAGCUGUUGGAAGAGUAGUGGAGCUGCAUUACAACCCUUUCUGCUUCCUGCCACGCAGUGGUACUCUGCUUGCUGCACAGCUUUCUGCUGUCGUGAGGGGGUUAGCAUUCCAUUCUUUCACUCAGCCGUUUUUGUAUUAGCUGUGCUGAAAGCUUCCUGAAGCCUGUGGUGCACUGGACAAAUGCACUCCAUUCUUUUCUAGUAUGUGCAUCUUAUGUGCUAGUCUGACUCACUGGGAGCAGACUUUUUUGGAGUCAAAUAGGUUUUCCUUUAGCAGUGAAAUUUGCUAUAACUUAGGGUGGAAUUCUGUGCCCUUGAAUUCAUGUACUAGACCCUAAAAAAUAUGGGUCAUGAACAUGCUAUUGUAAAUAUAAUUAAGAAACAAUUUUACUUUUCCAGUCAGUAAAUGCUAGUCCUCUUUUGCAGCUGGCAUGAGUAGUUCUUCCUAUAUAACUUACUGAACACACCCUGUUAGAACCAGGGAAUUUGUCAUACAGCCACUUCCUGUUCAGCUCCCAAUCUGAGCAAAUAGCAAAUAACUAAUCUCAUGAGGUGCAGAAUCUCAACUCUUCAUUUGUCAGUUUGCUCAGCAAUGGACUAUUGGAUGCCAUGAUUUGUUUCCUUCAGGCUUCUCCAAUUAAUUGUCCUAUUAUUUAAACAGUGAAAAUAGAGACCUGCUGUUGAUCCCCUUGGGUGUAGAAGGUAUCAGUGCCCUGUGCUUAUUGCCCUGGAGUUAGUGGCUUACCCAAGGGAGGAGGUAUGUAACAACAAUCUUGUUAGUCAUGCCUGAUUGCUUUAUCAAUAACAAAUUGCCAUGUUCACAGCCCUGCUGCCCUGCAUUCAAAAACCCCCAAACCCCACCCAACCAGCACCUAAAAUACCAUAUAGCAUUUCCCUGAAUAAGGACAGGUACCCCAUGGGUAGUGAAACACUCACUGAUAGUGGCAUUUCAUAUCCAGGUAUGUGACUUUGUUCCACAUACAUUCCCCACAAACUUUAUGGCUGUUACAUGCCACAAGUCUUGAAUCCCAAGUAUUAUGUGUGAGAAAGUGAAGAAUGGGGUAGCCUGUAGUGUGCAAUAUACUUGGGAUAAAAUGAUCAAACCCAUUUUUCUUUUUUUUUUUUUUUAAUACAUAGUUUAUUUUUCUUUCUAAAACCAAGGCUAAUAGCAGUUUUAUUUAAGUUGUUAACAACUUCAAAAAGUUAAUUUGAAGUAAUUUUUGGAUCCUUAUUGUCUUGAGUUGCUGGAGACUCAUUUGUAUUGAUGAUCUAGUUUUACUGUGUUGGCAGGUAUUUCCCUAGAGGGUGCACAUUCAAGGGAGUCUGAAAACAGGAUUUGUUGUAGUUGAAGAAAGUGUCUUCUGUCCAUUACAGCCUUCUUUUCACUGAGCGUCUCAGCAGUCUGACUCAUUCAUUUACAGCUCUACAGAUCACCCAGUCUGCACUGUGCUGUGCUGGUCAAAUGUAAAUCAUUGAAACUGCUAAUCCAUGAUCUUAGCCAUAUUAAUAAAUAGUACUUGUAGAUUAGGAGAAAAGAAGUCCAUGGUAAUGUACCUCUUCAGUAACAGAGAGAUGAAACUGGGUGUUGAAUACUUCUUUACAUUUCCUUCCAAAGCUGGGGACUACUAGGGCAGUUUCAUGUAGAUGCUUCUCUAGGUUUGGGUUUUGAAAAUAAUUUAGGAUGUGUGCAAUGUCAUCUUCCUCCAAUUUAAAUGACACAAAAAAGGUUUCAUUUCACUUGUUACAUCAUGUAACUAAUGAUGGCAUAUACGUGCUCCAUACUUCUUGUAUCUUCAGUUUGUUGGUCAGCUGCACUGGCCUUGUCAUUUUUUCUUUCCAUAGUUAAAAGUUGAUGCUAUUGCUCCGAGCUGCAGGUAGGAUCAGCAUAGUUUUUGCCAACUUCAGCUGUUUUUCUCCAUCCACCUCCCUAUGAAACAUGGAAACAUUCACACUUCCACUGAAGAAAGUUUUGCAAUGGAUACAGAAAUUAGGACUGUUAAUGUCCUUGAGUUUUUUUAAAAUAAAUCUGCGCAACCUCUGUAUAUGUGGAAACUUGACUGUGUUCAUUUAGUAAAUCUCAUUAACAAAAUUAUUAAAAUCAGUAUGACUGUAAACAAUGUUUACUGGGUUUUAAGGUUCCAUUAUCUUUUCACAAGAAAAGGAAUGAGUAGAGACAAGACUUGUCACCAAUUCCUUUAUAAUACAUUUUAGUAAAUGGGAAAAGGCUUCUUUUAAAAUAAGCUUUUUAUUUAAAAUUGAAAAGCAGCAAAACCCCCUAAAUAUUAAGAUGAACAGUUUGGUACUGUUAGUUAAUCUCUGUUUCAUCUCACUGCAAUGUCAUCCAGUGAAUGCCAACAUGCUGUCUGAAUUGCAUUGCAGUAAUGGGAAAAGGUACAUACAGUUCUGCAAGUUCAGAGAAACCUUCAGUUUAAGUUUUGUGUUUUAAAACUAAACUGGAAAGUCAGCUAUUAAAGUCUGGGGGUAACUGCACUAUGGUGCAGUUUUGUUGGGUUUUUUAUUGGUGGAAAUUCCUACAAAAUUAGUAACAAUAUUGAAUCCAAUUGUCUCCUACUAGAAUUAGAUACAAGCCAUUUUUGAGCAUUCAUUAAAAUCUACCACAUGCUAUCUUGAAAAAGCUGAAGUCAAAUUGGCUUCAAACCUUUUUUACCUCAGAGCAUAAGCAGUUUAAAAUCUGUAUGUAAUUUCAUGUAAUCAGAAAUGCUCUGGUUAGAUCUGCUGAGAACUUUGACUCUGGGCUGCCUCACCAUAAUUCAUUGUCUCUGCCUGCCUGAUCUGACUCCAUGUGGCAGAAUCCUUUUUCUCUGCACGGUUUGUCUUUUUUAUUCUGAAAGUUAGAAGAUGUGGUAAGGCAGUGCUGCUUCUCUCUGCGGCUUUAGAGCAGUUUCCUUUAGAAGUGCUGAAUGUUGCCUCAUGAAUUUUGUAUUCUUCACAUCUUGGGUGGAUUCAGUACGCUACUGAAAAUGGAGCAGUUCCACUGAGAUCAUGUUUUGCACUUUGAAUACUCAUAAAGUUGAUAUGGACAAGCUCUUAGGUGCACAAAUUGGCCUUGAAGAUUUCAUAUUUGCCCAUGUGAAAGGACAGCGAAAAGAAGUGGAAGUUCUUAAAACUGAUGAUUUGCUGGGGCUUACCAUUACAGACAAUGGAACUGGCUGUGCCUUUAUAAAGCGAAUCAAAGAAGGCAGCCUUAUGGACCAAACCAAAAUGGUCUGCGUGGGUGAUCACAUAGAGACCAUAAAUGGAAAAAAUGUGUCAGAGCGUCGCCAUUAUGAAGUUGCCAAAAUGCUAAAAGAUCUGGAGAAAGGUCAGAAGUUUAAGCUGGAGUUGGUAGAGCCUUUGAAAGCAUUUGAAAAGCUGGAACCAAGGACCAAAGGUAGAACUCUGUCAGAGGCUAAGAUCUCCAAAGGGAGAGAAACACUUCGCCUGAGAGCCAAAGGCCCUGCUACUGUGGAGGAAAUGCCAACUGAAGUUGAAGAAAAAGCAAUUAAAAAAGUGGAUGAGCUUCUUGAAACAUACAUGGGCAUAAGAGACGUUGAAUUAGCUGCAACAAUUUUGGAAGCUGGAAGAGACAAGAAAAACCCAGAUGAAUUUGCAGUGGCAUUGGAUGAAGCUCUUGGAGACUUUGCCUUUCCAGAUGAGUUUGUAUUUGAUGUAUGGGGAGCAAUAGGUGAUGCUAAGCAAGGACGACUGGAAUGAGAACUGUGCAGUUUAUCAAUCCCUGUUUGAAAAUACAAGAUGAUUUGCAAAUAUGUACAUCAGAAUUUUAAUAACUUUAUUGGUGUAAUUUCAGGGUGCUCUGCACAAGUAUUCUGACCUGAGACUUGCCUGUGCAAAGGAAGGUUUCUAAUAGAAAUGAAGAUAAACCCAAACUUCUGACAAAUGCAAUUUAAAACAGUUUACUUACAGAAAUCACUGUAAGGAGAGUAUAUAUGUAGAGAGAGGUGAUAUAUUUAUACAGAAAUUUUAUGAAAAUUAGGUAAUUUUUAUUGUACAUACACUUUGAUACCAAUAUUCUGAAAAGUGUUAGACAUAUGCAACAAGAAGUUAGGAUUAUUUUAUUACUUUGGAGAGGUUUAUAAAGUUGUUGAGAAACUACCUAGCUUCAUGCAGCAGUUCCCUGGUUUUCUGCUGUUCCUAUGUAUUUACCUAAAGCCUUAGGUUUUCUUACAGUUUGGUCUGGACAUUGUCUUUACUGUAGGCAAAGCUGGGAAGAAGCUACCCUGUUUCUUUAGAACCCAAAUUCAGGAAAAGAAUUCUGCUGAAACAUGAGAACUAAGAUCUUUGAAUGAGAAAGACUUGCUUGCAUUUGAGUCAUAAUAUGCUCUGUCUGGGUAUUACUGAGGUGAGUACAAAUGCUUAAACCAGGAAGCUGCUGCUUUAUUCAGAUGCCAUAUUAUUGCAAUAGGAACUGAAUAGGAAGAAAUAUAUGUUAAUUUUGAUUACUAUUAAUGCAUUUGAAUAAUAUCUGUGAUUUGGCACUGGAGACUACAGUGUAUGACUAAGUGCUUAACUGAUCUUUGCAUAUGCUAAACAACUUUUUGAGAGCCCGUGGAGUUCCCCUCUUGUCUGUGUUUUUUUUUCAACACGACAACACAAGAUAGACAUUGAAGGUGUUCAAAUCCAAAAGAUAUUAUAAAGUCACAAAGAAUUGUAGUUUGGAUGACAAAGCAUGCCUAGACCCUGAAAAAAAUGCUAAACUAAUUUUAGAUGUUAGGAUUUUCAAUUAUAUUGUACAUAAAUGUUUAUUUUAAGUGCUAAUUUUUUACUAAGAAAUCUCAGAGUGUUGAAAAGGAAAUUGAACAAGAAUGUGGGUGGUGUCAUAGCUCUUUAGUAUUUUUAUAUUUGCAUAAGAAUAUAAAAUAAUAAUUAUUACAAA